AUGAAGUCAUCGGCUUUAGAGGAUUUCCUUCAUAUGUGCGAAGAUGAAUGCAAAGAUGGGAGCGGUCACUCAUUGGAGACAUUAUCAGCUUCGGAGAUGAAUAGGAGUUCGGAAUCAGCUGCCCCGGGUGAAAACUUGCAGUCCUACUCAGUUUUCUCUCCCGAAGAUCAAAUAAGCAUGCUCGGAAGUUCUUCUUUGCAUAGUCAAGAUUUGCACUACCAGCAAUCUUGCGAUGGAUCCAGAAAUCGAGGAACUGAUGGCAGAACGCUGUCAGAAACAUUCGAAUCGGUAGUUCAAGAAACGCCGCCGGAAGAAUACAGUAACCCAGUUGCACAUUCAACUCCUCGUCCAAAUGAUGAUACCACAGGUUUCUGGAUUCAUCCUGAUGAGCUGCCGUCCGAUCUCAAGGAGGCCAGCAUCGAAAUGACGAAGAAGUAUCUCUUGAAGUGA